GUGCGCCUUGGCCCGCGCGCUCGUGGCCGCCCACCCCCCGCGCGCCCGCACCCUCCCGGCCGCGCUCCGCCGUGCGAGCCGGCACGCGGCGGCCGCUGUGCGGCCAUGGACCCCGACGGCAGCGACGUGCCCCUCGUGGCGCCGCAGGGGGCCGCGGGCCCGCCGCGCGAGGCGGGCGCGGCCCCGGCGGGCGCCGCGGGCGCCCGCGGCGGGGCCUCUGGGGCGGCGGGCUGCUGUGCGCCGUGGGCGGGGCCUGCGUGUGGGCCGCGGGCCGCCCUGGCCGCGGGCCGCUGCGCGCCGGCGUCCAGGGCGCCUCCGGGCUCGCAGGCGAGGAGGUCGACGGCGACGAGGCCUCGGAGAGGCUCGCGCUCGUGACCGCGGCGGAGGUCGAGUGGAGGGGCGCCACAUGGGUCCGGGGCGGCGACGGCGAGAACUGCGAGGACGCCUGCGCGCGCAUCGGGCUGACUUGUUACGAGAGCGAGGCCUCGUGGCCGCACCAGAAGGCCGAUGUCUCCCACAUCGCCAAGGGGCUGGGCCUCGGGUGCAAAGACCACGUCUCCGCGGAGAACACCUACGACCCCUUCGUCGUAGGGCCGUUCUGCUCCUUCGGGCCCUGGAAGCCGCCGAACGUGUGGGCGGACUGGCGGCCCCGCAACGUGCGCUCGUGUAAGGCGGCGCCACCGAGGGCCACGACGCGGCUGUGCUCGUGCGUGCAGGAGAUCCCGCCGAAGGGGUGCCAGGAGUGCAACAAGGACUGCUGGCAGACCGGCAGCUGUUGCGAGGCCGAGGAGGACGGGUGCUCGCAAGACCCGAUGUUGGACAAGAAGAACCCAGACUACGACUGGUGGGGCGCCGCCGUAAACUGGGAGUGGGCUGGCGUCGUGCCAGACUCGAAGUGGAUGGAGAACGUGACGUCCUACGAGGACCUGCCUGUGCUGUGGAACGCCACGACGGCCCACGUCGAGCCGCUGCACAUCAAGGUGUUGACAUACAACCUGUACUGGUGGAGCCUGUUCGAGAAGAACGGCGGCAGUGACGGAGCGGCAGGCAAGCUCGUGGCCGAGUCGGGCAAUCACACGCCUUACGACCUCAUGGCCUUCCAGGAGUGCGAGAACAUCGACUGGGUGCUCGGAGACGCGGGCCUCUCGGACAGCUACGAAUACUCGGAGGUCUUCUACUCCAUCUGCCUCGCGUGGCGGAACGAGACCUGGAGGAAACUCGUCUCGGGCUACGACGCGGUGGCGACCGACGGCGGCUGGGUUAGGAACAACAAGUGGGGCGAUCGCAUUGUGUCUUGGGCUCGGCUCGAGCACAGGGAGACGGGCGACAAGUUGUUCUUCGCCAACCACCACGGCCCCCUGCCCCUCAACUCUGGGGGCGAGGCUGGCGGCUUGGCCACGGCGCACAAUCUCCUGGCCGCCAUCAAGGCUCACGCUGAGGAGGGCGACGUCAUCGUUUUCACAGGGGACUUCAACUCCGACUACCGGUCCGCCACCGUCAAGAUGUUGAGCACCAGGCUGAUCCUGGGUUACCACGGGGAGUCUUUCGGAGGCAUCGACAACAUCUUCGCCAACACGGGGAAAGCGAGCUUCACGGACAGGAGGAACCUCGGAGGAGCUGGCAGCGACCACGAUGCCCUCACGGCCACCGUCGUGGUCCCGACGAGCGCCCGCGCCGUCGCGGCGCUGGCCGCGGGGGCGCGCAAGGAGGCGGUGGCCAAGGCCGCCGCGGCGCGGGAGGCAGAGGGGGCGCUGCGGGGCCAGGAUGGCCCACCUGGCAGCAAAGGGCUCGGACAGGAGAAUGGCGGCGCCGGGCGCGCCGUGGUCUUGGCGGCGCCCGUCGGGUUGGUGGCGCUUGCCCUGUGGGGCUGGGCCGCGUGAGGCGCCCACUGGCGUCCUGCGGCGGCCUGGCUCGCGGGGCGGCCUCUCCUGCCAGCACGGCCGCCUCGGCGCUGCCGCACACGGGUCUGGCGCCCGCGCCUCGACGGAGGAGCACUUCUCUGGCGACUGCGCCGCCCGCCGGAAGGCGGCCGCGGAGGCAGUACGGUACGGUAGACUUCACCAGGCCGUUUACGUCGGCCUGCGGUCUGCCUGUGACCACAUUCUGUUAAUGCCACGGGCGACCACACGCCACGCAUGCGUAGUGUGUAUUGCUCGCCCUGUUUUUUGUUUGUCAUCCGCGUACGCUCGGGUGUCUUUUUCCCGCGUUCGCGUCUGCGGAGGCGUCAUCGAUCCUCGACCCAGGAAUGGUAGGGUGCAUAGUUGUAAGGCCUUGAGGGCAACACAGCUGUGCACUGUACCGGGCUGGAAAGCAACGCCGCUCUCGUAGAUCAAAUUAUUCUAUUUUGUUAUUUGGGGAAUCGCGGCGGCUACGAAAGCAGUCCGCUCACAUAUUGUCCAGGGCUCGUCCCUGUCCCUGUAUUGUAGCCGCUGUCGCCUGGGCGGCUCAAGCAUCGGUUAUGCGCUUUUGGGGACCCAGAAAAGUUGUACUUCCUCUCGCGCCACCAGCCUAACCCGUCGAGGUGGGGACGGA